AUGGCAAAGGUCAACAGCGAAAGCGACUGGACCCACGAUAUGUCCAGGGGACAGAAGCAAAAGAUGACGAAGAUCGUGGAACACAAUUUCGACCUUGGCAUCGAGCUUGAGCUGCAUGCUACCAAGAUCACAAAACUUGGAGUUCAUUGCCAGGAACCAAGUACCGGACUAGAGAAGAACAACAUGGACGUCAAUACGAAGUUUGAAAUGCAGACCGAUGAGAUUAAGAGUCUCAAGGGUCAGACUGAACAGCCGCCCACAGUCCAGAAGGGUCAAGAGAAGCAGGUCUCGAAGCUCAAGGAUAAUACCGAACAGGUUCUUCACCAGAAGAACAAGCAAACCGGUUCAAAAUACGAGACGCACACCGAAGAAAUCGGGAAACUCGAGAAUUAUUUCAACGAGAAGCUCAAACUACAUACAGAGGAAUUGCUGGAGCUCAAAGAACAGAACGCAAAGCUCCUUAAAUUGCUGAAGGCUUAUAGCGUCGACAUUAGAAAGCUGAAGAAGCCAGGCGAAGAUUUCACGAACCAGUUCAUCCAGUCCAGCCAGACAGUCACAAGCGACCCCAAGGACACUAUCACUGCGGAGAUUCUACAUUGGUAA